AUGAUAUUUUUGUUGAUGGCUUGGAUGAAAAUGCAGGUCCAUAGAUCAGAAAGUUAUAUGCCGAGCUUGCAGAAUUAUGGCCAACUGGUUACAUGGACAACCAUGGGAUCAAACGUGGAAUUUGCAGGGCAAAAGAGAGGCGCAGAGCAUUAUACACAAAAAAUAAGAGCUGCAUAUAUCAAGAAAAUACCACGUUGCGAUAUUUCAAAACAGUUAAGAAAUAAAAUAAUCGGCCAUUCCUUAAAAAAUCUUUCCAACGAGGAAAUUAAUAUGAAAAAGUGGUGGUUAAGAUACAAGCCUGAUAUGGGUACUCUUCAUUUGUGGAAAUGUUAUUGUGUUCGUCUGCAAUGCUUGGAUCCGGAGUGUCGUAUCAGUAGGCUUCGCAGAGUUAGCUUGGUGAUCGGUGGUCUGUUACGGGAUCUACACUGUAAUCCAGUUCUUGAGCUUCGGCUGCUUGCAGUUCUGUUUCGGGGGUAUCGAUCGGGCUGCGGGUACGUGGUUAAGGUGACAUUUGCAGUGUUUGGUUGCUAA